AUAGAAUAUAAAUCUUUGAGUUUAAAACAAAUUCUACUUUUUAUAAAAGAUUUAUUAUAAUUACAGAUGUGAAACUUCUACUUAUGUAAAGAAUCUCAAUUAGAAACUCAAGAAAGCAACAUAUGUUUGUGUGUAUUCUUGCGCGUAUUCAUUCAUGCAAAGAAUGCAUCUCUUUUUAUAAAUUUCAACAUUUUGAAGAGUAUGUGUAUUCAAUAUUCUAAAAUGGGUUCAAGAUUUUCUAGAGUGAAGCAAGUUUUGGCAAAACGCAACAUAAAGAUUUUAAUGUUGGGUCUUGAUGAUUCUGGGAAGACAACCAUCUUGUAUAAACUAAAGCUUGGGGAUUUUGUUGCAACUGUACCCACAAUUGGGUUUAAUGUGGAAAGUGUGGAGUACAAGAACAUAAGAUUCAACGUGUGGGAUUUAGGAGGGCAAGAUAUGAUUCGGCCUUUGUGGAGACAUUAUUACCGAAAUACCCAUGUGCUUAUCUUCGUAGUAGACAGUAAUAACAAACGAAGAAUUUAUCAAGCCCGAAACGAGUUGCAUCGCCUUAUAAAUGAGGAUGAAUUGAGUGAUGCAACAAUACUUAUUUUUGCCAAUAAGCAAGAUUUGCCUGGUGCUAUGCAUGUGUCCGAGGUCGCAGAAAAACUCAAAUUGCAUACUAUUUCUCAACGCCGUUGGCACAUACAGAGUACUUGUGCGAAAACAGGGCAAGGAUUGAACGAAGGCCUAAUGUGGCUAACCAACAAUAUUCCCGAUAAAGUGGCACAGACAAACUCGUGCAUUUCUAUUCCGGCGCGUAGAAUUUGCGAGGCAAAAUGUUAAACAAAAAUGUUAUUAUUAUAAGUUUAAAAAGUUCGAGAAAUAUUUGUAAAAUUUUAAUUUUUAGUAAAUUACGAGUUUAACAUUAUUCAAAGAAACAAGAGUUCAUAAAUUAAAAUAAAAAGUUUCCAUUUUGAAGUCGGUUUAUGACUA